ACCGGGGCGUGAAGUAACAGUGUCGGGUGUGCUCGCUUUCUGGUGAGGUGUCCUCGCUCUCAGCUGGAUUGAGCCAUGGCCAACAAACUGAAAACUCUGGCAGUGCCAGCCAGUAAUCUGCUGGAACUACGGGCAAAGCUGCUGUUCUAGGAAAUGAAGUAACACCACCUGACCAAUCAGAACGCAGGCGGUUUCUGAUGGAGAGUUGAACAUGUCGAGGUUGUCGAGCACAGGCAGCAGCCCGAGUCUGAGCAGCGGCUCUGCUGGAGGAGAGGCUCCUAGUGGAGUAGACGGUCCGGCCAGCAGGGUCGUCGGCUGGGCCGUAUGCUUCGAGCGCCUGAUGGAGGAUGCAGUUGGAGUGCGCUACUUUACUGAUUUUCUGAAAUCGGAGGUGAGUGAUGAGAACAUCCUCUUCUGGCAGGCCUGUGAGAAGUUCCAGAAAAUUCCACCUAAUAAUCUGGAUGAGCUGAAGAAGCAAGCCCGCUCCAUCUACGAUCUAUAUCUAUCUGAGAAUUCCUUUAACGCCGUGAACAUAGACGACACGGCACGCACUAACGAGAGCGACCUGGAGAACCCUACACCAGAAAUGUUUAGCAAAGCCCAGCAACAGAUCUAUAAGCUGAUGAAGAUGGAUAGUUAUGCACGGUUCGUGCGCUCUGCACUCUAUCAGAACUGCAUGCUGGCCGGUGUGGAGGGACGACCCCUGCCGGAUCUCGUGUCUCAAAAUAAGUGCGUCACACCAACCAGUGGCAGGAAGAGCACAAACGUGAAAACACCAUCGUCUGACAGCAAAGCCAACAAAAAGAAGAAGCUUGAGAAGAGAGGAUCAUGGGGAGCAGACGUGUCUUACCGGCAGGUCACAGUGUCGAGGCAGGAGUCUCAGAUCUCUGUGAAAUCCAGCAGCAGUGUGGAGUUAGGGUCAAUUUCCAACAGAUCAGAGGAUGGCUGCUCGAGUCCUGUUGGUUCGGAGCCGAACUCGUCUGGUCGAGCGGAUAAGUACUGCUGUGUGUUUAUGCCCGAUGGCACGGCCAGCCUGGCGCCGGCUCGCCCCGGUCUGACUCUGCGUGACAUGCUGAGCAGUCUGUGUGAGAAAAGAGGCUUCCCCAUGAAAGACAUCGUGAUCUACCUCCAGGGCAAGGAUAAGAAUGUGUGUCAGAAGCAGCAGCCUCUGUCCUUGGACCAGGACAGUUCUGUCCUGCAGGAUCAGCAGGUCACCCUGGAAGUCAGAAUAACAUUUAUGUUGGAGAUCGUGUUCACAGGGAAGACGAUAGGCAUCGUGGCCAAAUCGAGUAAGACUCUGGGGGACGCCGUCUCUUCUGUUUUACAGAAACACCAACUCCGAACGCAGGACGCCGUCAUCACUGUGAGUGGCUCGAAAGAACCCUUAAACAUGGACACUACCGUGUUGCGCCUGGCCAACAAGACUCUCUGUCUGGACCAAGUCAAAAAUGGAGGUGACGUGAAGGGAAAUCCAGCUGUAGAACGAGGCCGAGUGAGCACCAGGCCCAAAAAUGAGGUGGAGGGUCUGGUGGAGAUUCUGAACCGUGUGCAGUGCAGCCGAGCCGACGACCAGCGUGGCUUGUUAACCAAAGAACAACUGGAGCUGCCCUCGUUCUUACAGGUCCCUGCACAGCAGUGUGAGGGAAAGCGUGAUGAACGGAACCCUGAGAAGGUACAGGAGAGCUGCUCGAACAAGCGCACAAAGCCUGCUGAGAAAGCGGUGGAUGAGGAGAAGCCCUGCGUUAAUGGGAAUCAUAAAAACUCUAAUGUAGAGAAGAAAAAGAACAGAACGGAGUGACUGUACAGGUUCUGCCAAAGGGACGUCACAUUGAGAGAGUGAGUGAACAUUGUGUGUGUGUGUGUGUGUGUGUGUGUGUGUGUGUGGACGAGGCUUCGUAUUUGGCAUAUUCCCACACACAUUAUUUAGUAAGAAGUGUAAACAGUGAUGAUGUGUUCAAGACAAAAUGGAAGCAAAGAGAACUAGGUGCAGAGACUUGUGAGAUUUCUGUAGUGUGUGUGUGUGUGUGUGUGUGUGUGUGUGUGUGUGUAUAUAUAUUUUGUCCUUUUGUGGGGUUUUUUUUGCAUUAUGGUCAAGCAUGCUUGUACUAUAUUUAUUUCAUAUCAUUUGAUGCACUUUCACAUGCUUUAUAUGAAAUUUUUAUUCACUUAUGAGUUUUUCACUUGAAUGAAUUUGUCCUAAAAAAAAAAAAAAAAAAAAAGGAAUUCAUUUUUAAUUUUUUGUUUAUUGUUAAAGAUUUGUGCCUAAUGUCUGUUUAGUUCUCUGCACCGUUGCCUUUGCGCUUCAGAUCUAAUACAGUAUGAUACUGGAUGAUGAGAUCAUGUGAAUGAUCUCUAAUUUAUAACUUGGUCACUUACUGAUAUGCAGAGGGGUCCAAAUUCUUGCUUAAAAGUGGAAGUACCGGGUAAAAAUGGUACUUAAAGGUACUGAAGGUAAUAGUGUCAGCUUUUAAAUACUCAAGUAAACCGUUUGAACUGUACUAGACAUCAAGGAUUUUCCCUCAUAUGUGGUUUCACACUUCGUUUCAGUUAAUAGUUUAUUUUGUGAUUGUUGUGGACAAAAAUGCUUCAUUUUUUUUUAAAUUUGUGAUGCAAUUUGUGGAGGGUGGGUUUUUUUUUUUUUUUUUUUUUUUUUUUUUUUUUUUGUAUUUUUUCAGAAAUGAGUUUCAUUGGUUGAAAUUGCAGUUGCACAAAAUAGUUUUUGCAGUGAUGUUUGUUGGUAAGGGAAUGGUGUUUUAUUUAUUUUUUUAUUAUUAUUAUUUUUUUCCAAAAACCUGUAUUCAUUUUUCGAUGCACGUGAAUCAAAGAGGGCUUUGGUUGAAUCCACGUUGUGAUGACAUCCAAUGACGAGUCUUGGCCCAAUUCUGCAGCAAAAUAAAUAAAUAAAAAAUUUCUGUGAUAAUUUAGAAAAAAUUGCAAGCUCGUCCGUAUAUUGCGGCGUUUGCUAGAUUUUUCCGUUUAUUUCUGUGAUCGCAGAAUCCUCGAGGGACUGAUGGGGUUCGGGGCAGAUUAGGGUUAGAACAGCGUUUGUUUAUAUAAAAUCAAACAGAAUCUGACUGCAUUUAUUUUUUUCAUUAAUCUACUUGUGGAUUGUGAAAAUAAUAGGCAGUGCUUGCAUAAGGAUGAUUUGGUUGUGCUAUGAGUACAAUUCGAUACAGUUUUGAAUGAGCAAUUUAUGUAAGGAAUAAAAGAUGAUGGACCAUGAUUUUAUAGGAAAAUAAUCAACAGUGAUGUGAUGCGGCCCGAUGCGAAGCUUUAACUGUUGCCACUUAAAGGUUCUUUUUAUUUAUUUAUUUUUUUAUUUUUUAUUUUUUUCCCUUUCUUUUUCUCCCCCCUCAGUAACAGUGUGUACCCAAUUGUUUUAUUCCACUUAUACUACAGCAAUUUGCCAGUGCUAGCAAUUUACUUACAAAAACACAUGUACAUUUUAUACAUUUAUAGAUACGUUUUGAUGUUGUGGAAUGCCCAAGAAAUAAAUUGGUUCCUGUUAUCCCUUAAAA